UCAUCCAGUGACCAUCUUCACACGGAGCACGGACAUAUGCACGAACAAACCUUGCUGGGUAUAUAAGGAGUAAGUAGACCAAAGCCCAAGACACAUUCCCACCAGCCGCCGUCGAGAUGGGAUCGUGGACUAGCUUAGUGGUGUUGGCCCUGGCGGCGGUUAGCACGCUAAGUUUUCCUCGUCCCGACUCCGCCUACAAGAUUCCAACUGUGGGACAAGGACGUCGGUCUCAGUACUAUGUCCUCCACUCCGACGGCACAUACAAGUAUGGCUAUGAUACCUUAGAAGGUGCCUAUGAACAGGCAAUGGCUAAGACACCAGGACGCCUGACUGGAGGAUUUGGAUACAAGGAUCCAACAGGAGCAGACAUCAAGCUGGAGUAUACUGCUGAUGAUCGAGGCUUUAUUCCAAAAGGAUCCCAUCUUCCAGUAGCCCCAGAAGUACCAGCCGCUCCAGCAGUGCCUGCUGUCCCUGAGCCAGCGGCCCCCGCUGUCCAUUCACUGUAUACGGCACCAGAGCCUGCCCCUGUAGCUCCAGCAGUUUAUGAGGUGGCUGAAAUAGCGAGUAGCUCUGGUGAUGACGGAAGCUACAGCUUUUCAUACAAGAACUCUGACAGCUCUCGCAGCGAAUCUGGAGACGCCAACAACGCAGUAGCUGGAACAUAUUCUUAUAUCACAGAUGAUGGAGUUGAUCAUUCAAUCCAGUACACAGCAAAUGCCGUUACUGGUUACAUUGCAAGGGGCUCCUCCCUUCCAAAAGGCCCUUCUGUUCCUGGGGCAGAGUCUGGUACUCCCACGGGACACAUUUUGCCUGUUCUUACCGAGGAAGAAGCCAAUGCCCUUGCUGGAGCCACGUACACUGCAGGAGUUCCAGAAUCUCCUGCCAUAACUUACAGCGUUGAUGAAUCUCCUUCUGAUGCCUCAUACUCCUUCAGCUAUGACGCUGGUGACAGUUCUCGCUCUGAAAGCGCAGAUGCGAAUCUCAACGUUAAAGGAACCUUCAGUUUUAUCCCUCCAGACCUUGGCGAGAAGCUGACAGUAAACUACAUCGCUGGAUCUGAAACAGGAUUCGUGGCCGAGGGGGACCAUCUCCCCAAACCUGAAGAUCUUGGCUUUGGCACAAAAUUGACAGAAAUCCCUGAGGCUCCCUCAGCACCUGCAGUUCCUGCAAAACCAGCAGGAACUGUUCUGACGUACAGUGCUGGUGAUUCCCCAUCUGAUGCCUCUUACUCUUUCAGUUAUGAUGCUGGUUCCAGUUCUCGCUCUGAAACCUCAGACUCCAACCUCAACAUCCAAGGAUCCUACAGCUUUGUGGCUCCAGAUACAGAACAUCGAUACAACGUAAAAUACCACGCAGGAGCUGAUACUGGAUUCAUAGCUGAAGGAGAUCAUCUUCCUGUAGCCCCUGAAGUACCAGUCAUUCCACCAGUGCCUGCUGUCCCUGAGCCUGUGGCCCCCGUUGCUCAUUCAUUGUACACGGCACCAGAACCUGCCCCUCAACAUACAGGAGAUGCAGCUCAGACAAUUUACGAGGUGGCUAAAAUAGCGAGUAGUUUAGCUGAUGACGGAAGCUACAGCUUUUCAUACAAGAACUCUGACAGCUCUCGCAGCGAAUCUGGAGACGCCAACAACGCAGUAGCUGGAACAUAUUCUUAUAUCACAGAUGAUGGAGUUGAUCAUUCAAUCCAGUACACAGCAAAUGCCGAUACUGGUUACAUUGCAAGGGGUUCCUCCCUUCCAAAAGGCCCUUCUGUUCCUGGGGCAGAGUCUGGUACUCCCACGGGACACAUUUUGCCUGUUCUUACCGAGGAAGAAGCCAAUGCCCUUGCUGGAGCCACGUACACUGCAGGAGUUCCAGAAUCUGCCAUAACUUACAGCGCUGAUGAAUCUCCUUCUGAUGCCUCAUACUCCUUCAGCUAUGACGCUGGUGACAGUUCUCGCUCUGAAAGCGCAGAUGCGAAUCUCAACGUUAAAGGAACCUUCAGUUUUAUCCCUCCAGACCUUGGCGAGAAGCUGACAGUAAACUACAUCGCUGGAUCUGAAACAGGAUUCGUGGCUGAGGGGGACCAUCUCCCCAAACCUGAAGAUCUUGGCUUUGGCACAAAAUUGACAGAAAUCCCUGAGGCUCCCUCAGCACCUGCAGUUCCUGCAAAACCAGCAGGAACUGUUCUGACGUACAGUGCUGGUGAUUCCCCAUCUGAUGCCUCUUACUCUUUCAGUUAUGAUGCUGGUUCCAGUUCUCGCUCUGAAACCUCAGACUCCAACCUCAACAUCCAAGGAUCCUACAGCUUUGUGGCUCCAGAUACAGAACAUCGAUACAACGUAAAAUACCACGCAGGAGCUGAUACUGGAUUCAUAGCUGAAGGAGAUCAUCUUCCUGUAGCCCCUGAAGUACCAGUCAUUCCACCAGUGCCUGCUGUCCCUGAGCCCGUGGCCCCCGUUGUCCAUUCAUUGUAUAAGGCACCAGAGCCUGCUCCCCAACCUGCAUCAGAGGUCUCUGAAGCCAUUGGCGCUCCUGCUGCCAUCACCCCAGUUGAGGUCCAGAGCGUCCAUCAUCCAGUAGGCUACACCUCUCAUGUGGUUGGCGAUGUCCUGCUUCAUCAGUAUGGUGUGGAGUAUCCUGACAAAUAUGGCUACGUAUUCACUGCUCUUUAAGGCUGAAGUUAAUUCAGUUGACGAAAGAGACUUACUUCUGCUUGUUUAUUGAUUUUCGACAUAAUCAGAUGCGUAUAUGGGAAAAAAUAAAACUUCACAUGGUUGGUUUUGUACUAACUAUUGGUUUCGAAGGUGGGGACAUUGUAAAUAAAGCAAAGUGAAAAUGUAAAAAAAAAUGAAUAAAUAGAUACAUUUUUUACGCUGA